AUGCGGUCCUUCGCCAGCGGGCAUCGUGAGGUUUGCGUGGAGCAGAUUUACUACGGCGAGUUCGAUAAGAUGUGUUCGCAGCCCACUAGUGAUUUCGGUGAAGAAGAGGCCCAAGCAAUUCGCUACGGCAGCACGACAUUUCUACCACGUCAAGCGAAGAGGCCAACAGUCGAAACCCGCUCGUGGUCAUACGACAAACCCAGAACACAUUUUAUCAUGCAACUUCCUCGAAAGAUUGUCAAGCGAAUGGAGCGACAGAUCGUCGAUGGUGUUGAGGUCGAGCUCGAGAUUGAGGAGGUCGUCGAUGAGCCUCGCAAACGGCUCUUCUUGUUCCCCGCACCCAGCCGCUGCUCAUAA